AUGAAAGCUUUUCUAGGAAUCGUUGUUUUAAUACUAGCCGUGUCAAGCACACACGCUCAGAUAAACUCUGUAGAGGAAACAACCAUCUAUGGCUAUCACAGGAGAAUUGGUAUUCCCGAAGCAGCUAGAAUUAAGAGGCUGGAAGAAGAAAUUAUAAGAUCUGGGAAUUUAGGACGAAUAGUUGGUGGCAGUGCUACGGAUAUUUCACAAGUGCCUUAUCAGGCUGGUUUAAUUAUGGCGUUCGCAGAAGGAAACUCAAUUUGUGGUGGUUCACUGAUUUCAAAUACCCGUGUAGUCACAGCAGCUCAUUGCUACUCUGAAAGUGAUAUGGUUGCCAAAUCAUUCACCGUUGUACUUGGUUCCAAUUUUAUUUUCUAUGGUGGUGUACGAAUUACAACCACAAACGUUGCCGUUCACCCUAACUGGGACCCCUGGAGCACUGUCAAUGACGUGGCUGUCCUUCGGAUCAGUCGCGUUUCUUUCUCAAAUGUAAUUCAACCCAUCAAUCUUCCUAGCGGCACAGAUAUUUCAAAUAACUUUUCCGGUGCUACUGCACUUGCUUCUGGAUUUGGGUAUAUUGGCGAGGGUAUGAUAAGAUUUAUUUAA